CGAGCGCGAUGCGGUGCCCGUUUCCACCAUGGCCGCCCGGUCGCGCCCGGCGCGGCGCUGCGUCACUUCCGCCGCGCUGCCGGAAGUUCCUGUGGGAGCGCGUCGGGGGGAGCCGCGAGGAGCGCGCGCGCCGGGCCGCGGGAGAGGUGCCAGUGUCGACCCCUCUCGGUGUAUGUGUGGUAACAACAUGUCUGUCCCCCUCCUCGCCGACGCUGUCACCGUGUCAGGGGCAGAGCGGGAGACCGCCGCGGUCAUUUUCCUCCAUGGCCUUGGAGACACGGGGCACAGCUGGGCCGAUGCUCUCUCCUCCAUCCGCCUCCCCUACGUGAAGUACAUCUGCCCUCACGCGCCCCGGAUCCCGGUGACCCUCAACAUGAAGAUGGUCAUGCCCUCCUGGUUUGACCUGAUGGGAUUGACUCCGGAUGCACCCGAGGAUGAAGCUGGGAUCAAGAAAGCUGCAGAAAACAUUAAAGCAAUCAUUGAGCACGAGAUGAAGAACGGGAUCCCCCCCAACCGCAUCAUCCUGGGGGGCUUCUCACAGGGCGGUGCCUUGUCGCUGUACACGGCUCUCACCUGCCAGCACCAGCUGGCCGGGAUCGUGGCGCUCAGCUGCUGGCUCCCGCUGCACAAGGCCUUCCCACAGGCGGCGAACAACGGCGUGAACAAGGACAUUGCCAUCCUGCAGUGCCACGGGGAGCUGGACCCCAUGAUCCCCGUGCGCUUCGGGGCCCUCACUGCCGAGAAGCUCAAGUCUGUCGUCACCCCCACCAAGGUGCAGUUCAAAACCUUCCCUGGAGUGAUGCACAGUUCCUGUCCUCAGGAGAUGAUGGCGGUGAAGGAGUUCAUCGAGAAGCUGCUGCCCCGGAUCUGAGCCGAGCCCCUCGGGACUGUCGCAGGGGAGGGUGCCGAGGUCACCGCCGCCCGUGUGUCCCUGUGACCCGCCCGCUGCGAACGGAAGCCAUGGCCCCCCCAGCGCACCUCCCGCCACACCUGCCCGCGCCCUCGCACCGCGUCCCCUCCGGCCGGGGGUGCCCGGCUCUCCCGCUGCUCCCGCAGCCCACACCGGAGCUGGCUAAGGCGAGCCUGGGAGUGGCCUUUUCUCUCCUGCUCUGGCUCCGAGCGCUUCCCGGGGGAAGGUCACCGUCCCCUCGGCGCCCCGCGGAGCUGGCCCGGCGCGGGUGAGGUUUUCCUGUUGGGUUUGGGGUUUUUGUACCAGUAUUAGGGGCGGGACGUGCCCGGCUGCGGUGGGAGGAGCGGGGCGGGGCGGGGGCACCCCUGGGGCUCGGAGCUGUGCCCUCGGUGGCCGCUCCCGGCCUCCGCUCAGGCGAUUCACGGGUUUUCAGUCGGAGCUCAGGAACCCGGGACUCCCCUGCGGACCCCUGCAGGCCCCGGGGCAGGCUCUGCCCUGGGCUGGCACCGCCAAAGGCUGCCCGGGGCCGGCAGGGAGGGUCGGUGCAGCUCCCGCACCUCCCGCACGGCCCCGCCUGUCACACACGCACACUCCCCUCAGCCAUCGGCCUGGGGCAGCUCUGCCCUCCUGAGAUAAUCACCUCCUUCCUCCUGCUCCUCCUCCUCUUGUUGCUUUUACAAUCUCCAUCCCAGAGGCAUCUCCCCCCCUCCCAGCCCAGCUCUGCACCCUGGGAGCCCCAAAGCUUCGUUUACACUCAUGGAGCCACCGGCCCCGUCUUCAAUGUCUUCUCUUGCUGCUACUCGUCCUUCCCUUUGGACUUGGGCUGGCUCGGGGAAGGGGCAGUCCCUGGCCCCGGGUUUGGCUCCUGGUGCAGCUGGAAGGAGCAGCUUUGCUCCCAGCCAUCAUCUGACCAGCAUCUGAGCCCGGGUGCUGCUGUGCCCCACCCUCUGUGCCCCCGGGGGUCUCCCUGCUCCCAGGACUGGGGGCUCCUCCUGCCCCCCUCAUGUACAAUCACCUGUGGCUUGUCCCCUCCCGACUGCUGGCAUCGUGCUGGGGCCCCGAAUGUCUCCUCUGGGGGGGCUCCUGGCUGACCCUCCCCUCUCACAGGGCCCAGGGCAGUGGCUGUGGAGCAGCUCUGCCCUCACCCCCUCUUCCCCCGGGCUGAGCCCCCACUUGGGGCUGAUCAUGGCUUUUAAAACACCCCCACAUUCCCCAGGCUGGCCCUGCUCCCCCUGCCCUGCCCCAGGGAGCCUCUGCCCGGUGCCUGGGGGCCAGGGAGGUGAGGGCUGCCCUGGGGGGCUCUGGGGGGGCUCAGCCCCAGCAGUUCUGCUGCAGCCCUGCCCUUCCUGCCUGGGCUGUGCAAAGCAAUAACUGCCCUCUGGAGAGUGCAUCGUGGGGCCCACCCUGGCUGGGCUCUGGCCUUGGGGGUUUUAAUUUUUGCUCUUUUUAGGAAGUCUGAAAGCAGCAGAGCUGCUGCUGGCACCGGGGGCAGCCCAGCUCUGCCCCUGCCCUGGGCUCUGCCCUGCUGGCUCUUCUAUGCUGUGUUUUAGUGCUGCUGUGCCUCUGCCCCCCAGGCCUGGCUGGGGGCAUGAGAGGGUGGCAGGGGUGGGAUGGCAUCUCUCUGGGGUCACCAGGAGCUGGUGAUGGACAGACUGACCUGUGUGACUGUGAACUGGAACCGUGUGUGACGGGGGGCCCGGGACCAUCCCUGUGCAGAGCAUUCCUGCUCACUCCCUGCCCGAGCAGUGCCAGGAACCCGGGAGGGAGAAUGGCUUCUCUCCAUUCCUCAAUACAGCUUUGGGUUUUUUUCUUCUGUUUUUAUUUUCUUUUGGGUUUUUUUUUUGGUUGUUGUUUUUAUUCUCUCUCUUGUCUUCCUUGUACAUGUCUGGGUUUUUUUUUUUUUUUUUGUGUGUGUGUGUGUGUGUGCGUUCCACAGAGACUCAAGGUGAAAUAAAUCCUCAACUUAUCCUGGA